UACACAACAAAACGUCAAUUUUCUCGCAGCGCCUUUGAACGUGCUACAUUUUAAAUAGCUACGAUGGUGCAUCACUUUGUUAAAUAACAUGUUUUACCGGUAAAAAGAAAGUACUUGCUUACGGUGGUUCUAAAAGAAAUACUUCCCAAAAUGGCCUUUGUUAUACGGUUUGCCAAAGCCGUGAGAAACAACUGGAAGAAAUCGACGGUCUUCGCUAGCGCCCUAGCAUACGGUGUGUCGUACUCGAACGAGAAAUAUGAAAUCAAACAGUUAAUGCGUUACUAUUGCACGGAAGCAUCAAGGUAUGGUGACGUGAAGAUAGGCCUAAACCAACGACCACCGAAGGUGUUGGUGCUUCUCAAUCCGGCCGCGAAUCGUAAAUCAUCGGAAGAAGAUUUCCACGAAUAUUGUGAACCGAUUCUUCAUCUCGCUGGGUUUGAGGUGGACGUUGUUAAAACCGAUUCCGAAGGACACGCCCGUCGCUAUGUUGAAGAGCUAGCUAACCUUCCAGAUGCUCUGAUUGUCGGCGGUGGUGAUGGAACGCUUUCCGAAACAAUUUCCGGAAUGAAACGUCGCCCGGACGGGGCUCAAUGUCCGAUUGGUGUACUACCGCUCGGUCGUACCAAUACACUCGCUAUGAAACUGUUCUCGGCGGAGGGUGCUAAAAACAGCGAUCUCGAAAAUGUUCGUACCAUGGCUAAUGCGGCAUAUGCGGUCAUUGCUGGAAAGAAGGAAAAGACAGACGUUAUGCGCAUCGAGGUAUUGCCAAGUGCGGCCGAUGAAAGCCCUCCGGAGAAACCAGUAUAUGCUGUCGGUGCACUGCAAUGGGGUGCUUUCCGGGACAUUCUUACGCUGAGGGAUAAAUAUUGGUACACGGCAUCGUUACGUGAUUACACCGCGUUCCUUUUCAAUGCAUUUGACGGAGCACACACGUGGAAUUGCAAGGCCAAGAUUGCUUACACGGAACCGUGUAGCGGGUGUAGCAAUUGCUACAAAGACAUGGACGAUCAAUGGGCUGCGGCAAAAAAGCAGGAACAACAGCCACGCAGAUGGUGGUCCGUAUUUGUGCCACGCACUAAAACGGCUCCCAAAACGGAUUACAGUAAAAUCAUCAACGAAAGGUGCUCCGUUCGGCACGAGGUGGAAGUGGAUCCUUCGGAACUUAUCAUUAAAACGGGCAACGUAGCGGUGGAAGUGAAGGAAAGUGAGAAGGAAGACGAAUCGACCAAACUGGACGUAGUCGUCGGAGAGCAGGUGGAUUCGAGCUUUAGCUUCAUUGGUGGAAGUUGGGGACGUGUGAACAGUCGCAAGUUUUUCGAGUGUCCUGCCAAGGAAAGCAUCAGUGUGCGUACGGUAGAACUUUUGCCGGAGCGCUUAAAGGUAGAAGAGAGCGAUCCGGAGCUUUACUACUCUAUCGACAACGAGGCGUAUGAAGUACGUCCCGUCCGGAUAACCCUUGUACCGAAGGCAGUAGAAAUAUUUACGUUCUAGAAACAAUAAACAACCAUCUACAAAGGAAGAA